GUCGACCUCACAUGUGCGACCCUGUAGCCGAAUGGUGGGGGAUCGCCUCCACGCUGCUUGCUCGAGGCGUGGCCUUGACACGCUCAGGCAGGGACCCUCCAGAGGCGGAGAAGUGCCUCGCGGGCUUUCGGUCCAUGGUCCAGGGCCUGACAGACACCAAGCAGCAGGAAUCCUUAGGGAAGAAGGCCUUGACCACCACAGUGCAAGAGUGGAAGGACGCUGUCCAGCAUGCGCCUCACCUCAGCCAGACUGAGUUGGAGCAGCCCCAGGUGCACACCAACACGUGGGUCGACCGCGCCCAGGGGCGCUCAUUAGUCAAGUCUCGCCAAGCCUUCAUGGACUGGGCGAAGCAGAUGUGGGCCAAGAGGCCAG